AUGGCCGCCGCCGCCGCCGCCGCUGCGUCGGCGUCGUGGCUUCUCCGUAGGUCUAUAUCCUCCGCAUUCCUCGCCAGGCGCGCGGGCCCUAGCAUCCUGCGUACAACCCUCUGCUAUUCCUCCUCCGCAUCCGCCUGCCCCAAACCAACGCCGUCACUGCCUCCGCCGGACACAUCCGACAAUGAUGGCGGCGGCGGGAUGAGGUGGGAGUCUGCGCGCAAGAAGAGGGUGGUGCUCCGCAUCGGCUACGUAGGCACCGAUUACCGAGGGCUUCAAAAGCAGCGAGAGCUUGGCGUGGAUUCGACCAUUGAGUCAGUCUUGGAAUCUGCCAUCUUCAAGUCAGGCGGAAUUCUUGAGAGUAAUUAUGGAAAACUGCAAAAGGUUGGGUGGGAAAGGAGUAGCCGAACUGAUAAAGGGGUACACUCAUUGGCUACAAUGAUUUCCCUUAAAAUGGAAAUCCCUGAUAGAGCAUGGGAGGAUGAUCCUGAUGGUAUUGCUCUUGCCAGUAUCAUCAACUCAAAUUUGCCGGACAAUGUGAGGGUAUUUAGUAUCUUGCCUGCGCAAAGGAGUUUUGAUGUAAGGAGGGAGUGCUUGUACCGUGAGUACUUCUAUCUUCUUCCUGCUGAAGUUAUUGGAAUUAAAGAUGGUUAUAGCCCUGAAGAAAUGCAAGAGCACUUGUCAGAGUUCAACAGCAUACUGAAAGGUUUCGAGGGAAACCAUCCAUUUCAUAAUUACACAGCACGUGCCAAGUAUAGGAAGGUCCUCACGGGAACACACCGAAGGGUGAAAGGAGCAAGCUCGAUGUUGAAGUCCAUGUCCUCCGAAAUGGGUAUGGCAGAAAGCUCUUAUGAAGAAAGCACUUCUUCAGAUCAUGAUGAGGACUUGAAUAUUUCAUCAAUCAUUGACACUGGUGCAUCAGAGGACAAUUGUGUGAAUGAUAUUCUGAAACUUUCUGAGAAUCGGGUGCAGAUUCAAGCUAGGUGGCUGCAUGAACCUGAUGAAAGUGAUAGAUUAAAUGCUUCACAUUUCAGAGAUAUCAUUACCUGUUCCUGUGGAGAGUUGCAAACUUCAUCAGGAAUUCAAUUUGUGGAAUUGACCUUAUGCGGGGUAUCAUUCAUGCUACAUCAGAUCCGGAAAAUGGUUGGAACUGCCGUGGCAGUGAAGCGUGGAUUACUACCCAAAGACAUCAUAGAACUGUCUCUUGCAAAGUUUUCUAGAAUCGUGCUACCAGUAGCCCCUUCAGAAGUUCUGAUCCUUAAGGACAAUAGUUUCUGCACGAAGAGCAAGGAAGGGAGAAUCAUUCGCCCUGGGAUCCAGUCAAUGAACAAGUCAGCAGCAAUCAGGAAGGGCGUUGAGGAAUUCUACAAGGCGGCUCUUCUGCCAGAAGUAGCGAAAUUCUUGGGCCCCUCUAUGCCGCCAUGGAAAGAAUGGCUGGAGAACUUGGACAGGUUUGCUGGCAUACCAGAUUCACAGCUGGACGAAGUUAGGGAGGCCUACAGAGCAUGGAAGGCUGAUUAUGACCGCGUGAAGAUGGCUAGAAAGAGUGCUAGCAGUGUCUAA